CGCGUUCGAACGUGAUUGGCGUGCGUGUCUGUGUUAUCCGGAAGGAACGCCGCAUUGCCGGCGUCGUCGGUCGUCAUCUCGUAACAUCGUCGUUGUCGCACGUCAACGAUUUCGCGAUUACGCACCGCGAAACCAUACAUCACGCUAACGAACGAAAAUCCCUCGUGCCGCCGGAAGUGCGUUCCACGCUCCAUCGUGCUGUCCCGUCCCGCGCUGAUCGUCCGUCGGCUUCUCGCUGCUCUUUCUUUUUGUCGCCAUUCCUUCGCCCUUUCUUCCCCUCUGCUGACGCACGUGUACUGUGUCCGCAAGAUUUGUUGACCGUCCGUCUCACCUGUGAUCUUCGCCACCACGCUGCACCCACGCAACGCAACAUGUCCACGUUGAGCGGGUGAUGGCAGAGCGCAGAGGAUGUCACGUCGCAAGCAGAGCAACCCCAAACCGCUGAAACGGGAGGAUGAGGAGUGGAGCGACUCGGAGAAGACCCCGUCGGUGAGCAGCGGCGUGGAUGGCGGCGCCGGCGGAUCGGCAGUGUCGAGCCCGGUAGCACCGCCAGUCGAGGAAGACUCGAGUCUGCCGCCCCCUCCAAGACUCAACCCCGCGUCAUCUUCGAUCAGUGAGGAGGAUAUCAAGCUGCGCCUCAGCGUGCUUUCGGAGAAUACGAGACUGCGCCUAGUCAACCUCAACGAGGACAUCGAGGCUAGGGCCAUAAGAGACCGCCAUGCACCGUCCAGGAGCGUGCGGACGCGAGAGUCGAGUCCCAAGGACGUCGACGAGGAACAGCAUACGACGAAAGAGGAUGAGUGCCAACCGAGGCCGUCGUCCUCGUUGUCAUCCACCUCCAUCAAGAGGCGGGACUCCGUCUGCCGCAGGGACUCGGAGGACUCGAUCGUCGCGGGGGAGACCAAGAGGAUACGACUCGACGACGAGACAGCACCAAGACUGAGACUCAAUACUAGUCUGGCGACGGAUCCCGCUCUGCGACCCGCCACCGUCGCCGCCCUUACCGUGAAGCCCGAGAACACGUCGCCAUCGAAUCCGACACCGCCGCUUCCGGCCGGAUUGCAGAACGCGAUCGCAUCAGGUCGCCUGUUCGUCCUGCCGACCGACGGCAAGGAGACGAUUACGGUGGAGCCAGCUAGGCCUCCGCCGACCGCCCUGAUCUGCCCGCCGUGCGGCAUCCGGUUCAGCUCGGCAAGCACCCUCGAGGCGCAUCGCACCUUCUACUGCGCCCAUCGACCGCGCGUGGAUGAAGAUGCGGCGAACGACGAGGACGACGACGGCAGCAAGUCUGGCGGCAAGUUCGAGGUACGGAAGGCGUACGCGUGCCCGCAUUGCUCCUACAGUGCCGAUAAGAAGGUGUCUCUAAAUCGUCACAUGCGGAUGCACGCGUCAUCGCCGGCGCCGUCGACAAUACCAUCAUCGUCAUCAGCGGCGGUGGCAGUGGUGACGAACCCGAACUCCUCGACGGGCAAUCCAACAACGGCUGGUCAAACCACCGCGGCUAACGGUUCCUUGAACGAGGAGGCCGAGAGAUACUGCAGGAACUGCGACAUUCGAUUCAGCUCCUUGAAGACGUAUAGGGCGCAUAAAACGCAUUACUGCAGCACGAGGCACGUGGUGAAGGACACGUUGUCAACGCCGACGGCGACGCCGACAUCCUCAGUGAAGGCGUCGCCGCCAACCAGUUCAAGUCCUGGUGACUCGCCACCCCCUCAGCCGUGCCUGGCACUGCCCACUAACCCCAUUCUCAUCGUGCCGUAUUCGUUGUUCCGUGGUGCGAGCGUCCUCGCUGCGCCAGCACUUCCGGCUCCUGAUACAGCGUGCUUCCUUCUGCCAAACGGUUCCCUUCAGCCAAUGACGAGAGGCCUCGCUUCCACGGCCCAGAACGCUAUGGUGGAGCCGCCGGCUGUCCUGAGAGCGGCGAAUAAACCCUCGACACCGGCGUCAGUGGUCGCGGCGGCAUCGACGUCGCCAUCCGCCUCGGCGCCUCUCGAUCUCAGCGUACGCAGAUCGCCGGUGCACCAGGAUGAGAAAGAAAAUAGGAUGUCGCCGGCACCAUCAUCUCUGCCGCCGCCUCCAGGCAGUCCUAGAUCCAGAGGUAGCGGUAGCCCUAGAACGAGGUCCAUCGGUCCAAAUCAGACUGCCGCCGUUGCAGCACCCCCGCCUACGGAGCUCGCCCUGAGACUCGCUGAACUGCCGCCACCACCUGUUCCCGGGGUGCUUGUCAAGCAGGGUGUCUCCAGGUGCAAGGAAUGUAAUAUCGUGUUCUGUCGACAUGAGAACUUCGUCGCUCACAAGAAGCACUACUGCCAAGCGAGGGAGACGACGGUGAGCAACAGUUCGCCGCCUCCUGACGCGACCUCACCACCCCUGGUCCAGCUCAUCUGCGCCCAGUGUGGCAUCAAGUUCGCUUCCAUAGACAAUCUGGUCGCCCAUCAGGCAUUCUACUGUCCCAAGAGGCCCGAACCCCAAGAGCACCACACACGGUGUUCUAAAUGCAAGGCGAUAAUAGAACCCGGCAGCAGUCAUACCUGCGCCAGCGGCGCGUCCGGUGGCUGGCGGUGCCCGGUUUGUGGCGCCGUCAGUCCCACAGCCGGUGCCGCUCAGCGUCACAUGGACGCCCACCAGGGUGUCAAAGCCUUCCGGUGCACGAUUUGUCGUUACAAGGGCAACACUCUGCGCGGCAUGAGGACCCACAUUAGAAUGCACUUUGAGAAGCGUGGUACAGAUCUGCAGGAGGAGAAUUAUAUAACAUGCGUGCUCGAUGACGAGGCGACAUUACCGACGCCGGAACCUGCAGCCGCCACGACGCCAGAGGAAAUUCCCGCAGAGAUCCAAGUAAACGGCAAAACAGAAAUAAGAAAGAGCCCGCAACCGCCGCCUCUGCCACCGCCUCCGCCGUCAUUACCACCGUCGCUCACCAGCAAGGUGAAGCAGGAGCGCGAGGAUACGCCGCCGCCACCGGACGAAAGUCUGGACAGCACCAAGAGCGGGCCGCGCUACUGCCGCUCCUGCGACAUCAGCUUCAACUACCUGAGCACCUUCAUCGCUCACAAGAAGUUCUACUGCUCGAGUCACGCCGGUGAGGCGAGCAAUAACAAUAAUAACAAUAAUAAUAACAAUAACAACGCCAGCGGCCACCCGACGACGCCGCCGACCGGCAGGACCGAGGCGUCGGUGCUCUAAAUCUCCGAAGUUCCGCAGGUGUGACGACAUGUCUCCCCGUUCGUCUCUCUUC